AUGGCAAAGGAACAUGAAAUAUCAAUGAAAUCUCAAUUAAAGGAAAACAUUUUGCAAAAACCGAAAAGGAACCUUGUUCAAAAACCUUCUCUUUCAAAGAAGCCCAUUGAGAAACCAAUAUCUCAUCAGUCUCAACCCAAAAAAUCUUCGUUCAAAGAUAUUAAAGGAAAGGGAAAAUUAGUACCGGAUUCUAAAGCUCUAACCAAGAAGUCGACUACUAACUCAUGGAAAGUUAAGAAAGAAUUUGUCAAGAAUCAAAUAAAAAACGAACAAAAACAAUCUGAUUCAAAAGAAAUGAAAAUAAAAAAUAAUGAAGUAAAAGUGUUCACCAUAAAUAAGAAAGAUGAAACCACUUUGGUUAUACAUGAUGAGCAGUUUUACACUGAAUGGUAUAUCGACAAUGGCUGCUCACAUCACAUGACAGGGAGGAAGGAGGAGCUACGAGAGUUUCGAGCUCUCAACGACGGUGGAAAUGUGAAAUAUGGAAACAAAUCAGUUGGAAAUAUCAAAGGCUAUGGGAUGAUAACAAAUGGAUAUUUUUCGGUUCGUAAGGUGGAAUAUGUGGAUGUUUUACAAGACAAGCUAAUUAGUGUUUCACAACUUGUUGUAGGGAUGGGCUUGAAAGUAUCCUUUGACGAUGAAGGAUCUGAGAUUAUAUAA